AUGUUGGACAAGAUUCGUGUAGCGAUCAUUGGUGCCGGGCCUGCUGGUCUGGGUGCGGCAAUCGAAUUCCAAAAACUGCCAUUCGUUGAUCUCAAAAUCUACGACCAGGCAAGGGCUCUUCGUGAAAUAGGAACUGGAAUUAGCAUCCAGAAGAAUACAUGGCGCAUGUUGGAUGUAAUGGGAGCAUCGAAGAACAUAAACCCCAAUGAAAUAUUCCGUCCGGCCGACGGCCACGCACUACAACACCGGAACGGACGAACCGGAGAACUUCUCCUUACAAUUGAGCAGAAUGAUGGUCCUCCCGAGCAUUUUCAUGCGCGUGCAUUCCGCUCAGUUCUACAAAAAGCUCUUCUAUCCAACGUUGACAAGUCACGACUCCGCUUAGCUUCUCGUCUUGAGAGGGUUGUGGGAACACCCACCAAGACAUUACAACUUCACUUCCAAGAUGGCCAUGUAGAUGAAGUUGAUUUACUGGUUGGUGCUGACGGUGUCCGGUCUGUUGUCAGAAGUUUUGCAUUCCCGGAUCAUAAAAUCGCAUACACUGGAAGAACUGCAUACCGUGGACUUGUUCCAACGGAGAAGAUACUCAGUAUACCUAACUUUCCAGAUGCAGUCACCUUUUGGCACGGACCUUCGGAUUGGGUGUAUACUUGCAACUUGAACGGAGGAAUAUACGAGAUUACGGUCAAUGCCAACGAAUCCGCAGAUGUGGCCCGUGUAAGCUGGGGGGAACAGGCUACUCUUGAAGAGUUUAGAAGGCCAUGGAAAGAAUUUGCACCCAUUAUACAAGAAGUUCUCAAUAAAGUGACAGACGUCCAGAAGUUUGCUCUCUUCGCAGGUCCUAGACUUGAUUCAGUUGUAUCUCGCGGAUCUAUUGCUCUGAUUGGAGAUGCCUCUCAUCCGUUAUCAGGUGCAUUUGGCGCCGGUGCAGGUUUCGCCCUAGAGGAUGCUUUCGCGCUGGCAAAAUCAGUCGCCUGGGCAAGAAGUCGUGGAUAUCAACUGGGAGACGCUCUCGAUUUGUAUGAUCAAGUACGGUCUCCACAUUAUCAGUCAAUGGUUAGUUGGAAAUUGAAAGCUUACCACAAAGUAGGAAACUUUUCAUUCGACGAGGGAGUAGCUCACACAGUCCGCAACAAAUGGAGCAGACAACACAAAUGGCUGUUCGACUACGAUGUACAAGCAGUUUGGAAAGAGGCAGCCGCACUGGAGGAUUCGAAGAGAAGGCAUAAACGAAGCGUAGAAUUAGGAGCUCAUCUGUGA